UAAUCAGUCAGAAUAUUAUCACGUGUUCAAUAAUGUUGAACUUUCUCAAUGUUCAGAUGCCGCCCCGUAGGGAACCCGAUCACCCGGCUCCUACUCAGGCCACAGUAGUCGCACUGUUCCGCGACUAUCAUGCUGAAAAAUUCUCAGGGCAGGGAGAUCCCCGUGUCGUGGACGAAUGGAUUCAGGGCCUUGAGUUUAUUUUCGAGUUGAUCCGCGAGAAGUACUACCCCACCUACUACCGAGCAGAGAUGGAGCGUCAGUUUCUAUCGCUCCAGCAGGGUACUCGUACUGUUGACGAGUAUGAGAGGGAUUUCACUAGACUUGCAGCUUUUGUUCCUGAUUUGGUUUGCACGGAGGCCCAGAGAGCACAGCGCUUCAUUGACGGGAUUUACCCAGUAGUCCGUCAUAACAUCGUAGGCCACGGGACACAGACGUAUGCUCGUGCUGUUUCGAUUGCCCAGGAGGUGGACGCCAGCAUCAGGAGGGAGGCCCAGGCACAGAGGCCGCCUCAGCAGCAGCAGCAGAGGGGCAGACAGCAGGCCCGAGUCUAUGCAGUAGAUCAGGCAGAGGCCGAGCAGCAGGCAGGUACUAUGUCAGGGUUGGUUGUGCUUAAUAAUGUUCCUUUGUUUGCUUUGUUCGAUACUGGAGCGACACAUUCUUUCAUUUCACGACGAUGUCUUGAUGCCAUCGGAGUUCAUGCC